AUGUCUAGAUUGAGAGGACAAGGUUAUGAUGGAGCAAGUAAUAUGCAAGGUAACUUUAAUGAUCUAAAAACACUCAUUUUGAAGGAGAGUCCAUGUGCCUUUUACAUUCACUGUUUUGCUCAUCAACUCCAACUUGCGCUUGUGGCUGUGGCAAAGAAGAACAUCCCUAUUACUAAUUUCUUUCGUGUGGUUGGGAACGUGAUAAAUACUGUUGGAGCAUCUUCCAAGCGUUGUGAUCUUCUUCGAGAAAAACAAUUAGACUUUAUUGUUGAGGCAUUGGAAAAAGAUGUACUUGCAAUGAUUGUUGAAGAUAAAUCUUGUUCUUGUGAUCAAAGAUCUGAUGCAACAAAUUUAUUGGAGUUGAUACAAAGAUUUGAUUUUGUAUUUAAUCUACAGUUGAUGAAAAGUGUGUUGGGGAUGUCAAAUGAACUGUCAAAGGCAUUGCAAAGAAAAGAUCAAGAUAUUGUGAAUGCAAUGCAAUUGGUGAGAUUGUGCAAACGACUACUCCAAAUAAUGAGAGACGAAGGGUGGGUCUCCUUUUUUGAAGAAGUGUGUUCUUUUUGUCAACAACAUUACAUUCAUGUACCCAACAUGGAUGAUAUGUUUGUAUGCCUUGCAAUUCGUGGUUGCCCUCAGCGUAAUUCUCCAGAAAUUACAAAUUUACAUCAUUAUCGAGUAGAUUUGUUCUACUCUGUCAUCGAAUUUAUUCUAGAAUUGAAUGAUUGUUUCUCGGAGGUAAAUACAGAGUUACUUCUUUGUGUAGCUUGUUUAUGCCCACAAGAUUCAUUUUCUUCUUUUGACAAGAAAAGCUUAAUUAGACUUGCUGAGCUUUAUCCAUUAGAUUUCUCUACAGAAGAUGGCAUUGUACUUAGCGAUCAACUUGAGACUUAUAUUUUGGACAUGCGCUCUAACAAAGAGUUUGAAGGGUUGAAUGGCCUUGGUGAUCUUGCGGAGAAGUUGGUUUUGACAAAGAAAGAUAAGGUAUAUCCAUUGGUUUACAGACUUUUGACUUUAGCAUUGAUUUUACCGGUUGCUACCGCUACUGUGGAGAGAGUUUUUCUGCAAUAA